GUCAUGCGGAAGAGUGCGCCUUUGUUGUGCUCGGGGAAGGCGGGCGGCCGCGGCGCCUCAGGUUUUGCUGGAUACUCAAAACAUUAUUAGAAAACAAUGUCCCUUGACUUUGAUAGUGGAGCUUUGCAAACUCAACAUGAAGAUGAAGACUAUGACCCAGAGGAUUAUGCAAGAGAACAAGAGUUGCAACAGCUACUGACAGACCUUCCCCAUGAUAUGCUGGAGGACAGUGGAGACCAGCUCUCCAGCUAUUCAGACUGUAGCAUUCAUGAGACUGAUGAGCAAUCACAUGAGCCUGGGAAGCAUGAUGGAAGGUGGAACGAUCAUCCAUUGAUAAGUGAUCCUCAAAAUGGUUAUGAACAAGGACAAAAUCUGUACCCUGAACAAUUCUUGUGUGACCAGCAAAAUGAUAAUGUUGAAAGACUUGGAAUGAAUUGGAAUGGCCUACAUAAUGAUGAAGACAAUAAACAUAUAUAUGAUGUUAAAGGAGACUACCGUGGCCAGAAUAGUCAAGAGGAUACUGAUGAUGUGUAUCUUGGUAGAGAUGAGUUUAAUGCUCCAAGUAUCUACCAACAGAACAAUGUGUAUCAUCUUCCUGAAAACUUUAAGCCAUAUACAAAUGACCGUAAACCAGAAUUUAACAUUCAGCAAAGUAAAAUACUAAAAUUUCCAGAUGUUCCAAAGGAAAAUCUUAAGCAAUUUGUCGCAUCUGAUGUUGUCAGUGGCCAAUCGCCAGAAUCUUACAAAGUGACUUAUAAACCAUACCAAAACGGCAUUCAUCAACAAAUCCCAGUAAUCCAAGAAGGAACUAAAAGAAAUGAAGUGUUUGAAGAUUUGCAACAUGAAUUCCUGGGCAAUGAUGAAAAUUCUUCAGAAAACAUGCAGAUUCUUCAACUUCAAGUUCUAAAUAAAGCAAGAGAAAGACAACUGGAAGAACUUAAUGAAAAGCUAGAAAAGAGUGCACAGCAGAUUAGAUAUUUGAGUCAUCAGCUUUCAAUGGUCACAGAUGAAAAGGAUGGUUUGGCUGUUAGUCUUCGUGAGUCUCAAAAACUCUAUCAGAAUGGAAAGGAACGGGAAGUGCAUCUCGAAGGUCAAAUAAAGGCCCUUGAAACUCAAAUUCAGACUCUUACUACUAAUGAGGAGCAGAUAUUGAAGCAAUCCAAAAUGGCAGAGGUAGCCAUGGAAAGCAUGCAGAAGCAGCUGUUAGAACUUCAGAGAUCAGAUGCCCUUCAGAGAGCCAGAGAACAACAUGAGACCAUUAUUUCAGCACUCAAGCAGAAGUAUGAAAAACAAAUAUUAUCAUUAGAGCAGAAACUUGAUACUACAAAAUCUGCGCUCCAAGAGCAGAAAGAGCUUUGCAAAAAUCUAGGAGAGCAUGUCAAGCAGCUUGAAAAAAUGUUGGAGGAAACCAAAUGUGAAAAAACUGAAAUAAUAAAUCGACUGACAAGAAGCCUAGAAGAAAGCCAAAAGCAAUGUGCAAAUUUACUGCAAACAGGCUCGAUGCAGGAGACAAAUCAGUUACGGUUUCAGUUGCAACAAGCGCAGUCUGCACACAUGAUAAGCAGCAACAUGAACAAGGCUUUGCAGGAAGAAUUAAUGGAACUGAAGGAAGAAAUAGCUUUGUAUGAAUCUGCUGCCAAGCUUGGAGUAUUUUUGAAUGAUGCAGGUGGAGAGCUGCAUACAAACCCAGGUGAUUCCUAUGUAGAUUUGGGAAUUAAGAAAAUCACUGGAAAGAAACCAAGGUUCUGCAGUGCAAUACAGAACAGAGACACGGAUAAAGAGCUCUCUAAAGAUGAAAUCAUUGUAGAAUUAAAAGCUGAGCUGGAACGUUUAUUGAGCAGCAAUAAAAGGAAGAGAAACCAGGUUACUCAAUUACAAAAUGAUCUUAAAGAUUGCCAGAAGACAUUAGAGGAGUACAAGCAGUUGUUGGAAGCAGAAAAAGCAUCAAAAGAGUCAGAGCCUGCCAAAAAUCUGAAUGAUACUGUGGUGACCAGUCCUUCGGUUUCUGAUAAUCUUAAGGAAGAAGUUCUGAGACUCAGAAAGGCUAAUGAAACUUUGCUGCAGGAAAUUGAGAACCAUACUUCCACUAUUGAAAAACUGAAGGAAAAUGAGGAAAAAUUGAAAAGCUUAAAUCAAGAUCUCUGUUGUCAGAUGAGAAAAAUGGUUCAAGAUUUUGAUCAGGAUAAACAAGAAGCCAUUGACAGGUGUGAAAGAACUUAUCAGCGACAUCAUGAGGAUACAAAAGCACAAUUUGAGAGAGACUUGAUGGAGAGGUAUGCUGCAGAAAAGCAGCAGCUUAUUCAAACUUACGAAGAAGCAAUCUUGCAGUUAAAGGUGAACAUAGAGGAGCUGAAUAAAGAGAUGACUUCAGUGAAGGAAUGUUACAUUGGUGUCUGUGGGGAGAAGGACACAUUGGAAGCUACUUUAAGGCGGAAAUUUGAGCGAGAGCAGCAGCUGAAGGAAGAGAAGCUCAAGAAACAGCUACUAGAAGAAAAAGAAGACUCUCUUAACCUUCUGAGGACUGAGCUUGAAGAGAAACACAGGAGUUCUAUGAUGGCAGCAAAGAGGCAGUGGUUGGAAGAAAAAGAACAGCAGGUUGAAGAGGAAGUUGCAUUAGCUAAAGUCCACUGGGAGAAGGAGGAAAAAGAGAUAGAUGCAGCUUUAACUCGAGCUCGUGCCAGGUGGCUGCAAGAAUUAACAGACCUCAAAGAGUAUAAAGUAAAUCUAAAGAUAGAACAAGAAAAAUGGGAAAAAGAACACAAAGAGACUGCAGCAAAGCAGUUAGCCCUAGUUCUCUCAGCUGCUGAAGAGAAAUGGAAGAAAGAAUAUGAGAGUGCAGAGAAAUCUGGACCAAGAAUGAAAGAACUUGAAGAAAAGGUAAUUUCUCUCAAGAAGGAAUUGGACCUAAAGAAAGAAGAAAUCCCUGCAACUAUCAAAGCAGAACUAGCAAAAGCCCGUGCUCAGUGGAACAAAGAAAAGCAAGAAGAAAUCCUGCAGAUACAGGAGCAAAAUGAGAGAGACUACAGAUCAUUCUUAGAUGAUCAUAGAAACAGAAUUAAAGAGGUACUUGCAACAGCAAAGGAGGAUCUCGCAAAGCAGAGGAAUGAUCUCUCCAUUCAGAAAGAGGCAGAAAUUAAGAUGUUACUUGACCAAAAGCAGCGAGAAUGGGAGGCUCAGGAAACAAAGAGAUUGCAAGAUGAAAUAAAUCGGUAUGAGGAGAAGACUCUGGUUGAGCUUGAGUACUUGUUGAGUGAAAUUCAUGAAGAACUAGUCAAACGCGCACAUAGUAAGCAUUCUUGGAAGGAUAAGUGUUUUGAUGGUCACGUUCAAUUAGGCCAUAAGCAUGAAGACAAACUGAAGGUUUGCUUACAAAAGGCCUACAGAACCACAGUUUACACAAUUCUGGAAAAGAAAGAGCAAGAAUGGAAAGAGAAAUAUGAAGAGCUACUGAGUAAUGUAAAUAAAGAAGCAUACUCUUGCCUGCAAUGUGGUGAAGGAGAAACUGGGGACAUGGCAAGACCUCCUGUGUACGAUGUCAGACACCAAGGAGAAAGACAAAGGAGGCUAAGACAACAGCCACCCUUGCAGGAAACUGGAACAGACAAAGAAAAUGAGAAGGUUCUAGAAGCUCUCAUUGCAGAAAACUCUGAGAUGAAGAGUAAACUGAAAGACCUAGGAACACCACCAAGGUCACUGUCAAAGGGAGGCGUCUCAAAACCUUGUACAUCCUGUGACUCCGUGAAAGGGCUGGAAGAAAUGCGUGCUCAGUACAUUAAAGCUGUGAGCAAGAUUAAGUGUGAUAUGCUUUGUUAUAUCCGUGAAAGUAAGGAGCGAGCUGCUGAAAUGAUUAAAGCAGAGGUUUUAAGAGAGCGCCAAGAGACGGCACGGAAAAUGCGAAAAUACUAUUUGACAUGCCUUCAACAACUACUUACUGAUAAUGGGAAACAUGAAGGAGCUGAAAAGAAAAUAAUGCAUGCUGCCAGUAAGCUUGCUACAAUGGCUAAAGGACUUGAAACGCCUCUUCGACACAUUCCCCAGAGCAAGUCUACCCGCUCAGCUCUGCUAUUAAAUUCUGAUCUACCACCUGGAGCUGAGUACUCAAAAAGAGAUCGUAUGCUUCAGACUAGGUCAAACCAUAUGGAAAGCAAAUUAUGUGGCGAAAGCAUUACCCAAAAAGCCAAUGGUAAAGUUGUUCAGAAACGUGUACCACAUGACUUGAGACAGCAGUUUGAUGCGGUGCAGACUGAAACUCGACAUAUGCUUCAUGAAACAGUAACUUCAAAUAUUCAGAACGAGAACAAUUCUAAAAAUCUGGAUGGUGCUUCAAGAGAUGCUCUGCCAGAGUUUUAUCCAAAUGAAGAUGGAAGAAGGGAAAAAUAUGGCCCCACUGUAAAUGUAGACAAAGGACUCUUCUGUGCUGGUGGUAAUACAGGACAUCAGAAUGCUUCUCCAUCUACUUGUCAAGUAACACUAGAAAAUAUGCAUGGACCCAAUUUUAAAAAUGACCAUACUGUCUCUGGACCAACUCAUCAUAUACUUAAGAGCAAGAAUGAAGGAAUGGUCUUGAAAGAGGAUAAAUCUAUCCAGUCACGUGGAAAAUGGAAAAGUAGAUCCAAAAGAACUCAGGAACUUGGUUGUCAAGAAACUCCAGAAAGGGAUGAAGGAAGCUGCAGUGAAUGGAGUUCUGCAGAUGGAAGCCUGCAUCUGGAUCGUAGCAAUAUGCCUGUCUUUUAUCCUGAACCAAAAGCCAGUACUAAUGUCCAAGCACAGACUGCAUCCUGUGAAGAGGUUCCUCACAUCAGGUCAUUUUCACCUGCAGAUGAAAAUGUUACUUCUUGGAGACAUCUUCCUAAAGGCAAGAUUGGCAGCACAAAAAGCAGCACUGAAGUUUACAGUAGAGGCCACCUGAUAACAAACCCAGAGCAUACUUCAUUCCUCAACUCUCAGAAAUCAAAUUCUCCUGUCACACAAGUCAAUGUAUCGCCAGAUUCAAAAGUAGGAAAAUGCUGCAAUAAAUGCUUAGAAAAAAAUGGUGUGGGAUCCCCAGUCACUUCAGCAAGAUAGUGGGAUCUUGCAGCCCAUUUUCUAACUGGAACCAAUACCAGGGAAGGAAAAAAAGGUGACUUCACAGUUAAAUAAAAGUGUAAGGACUGGGGGAAACCUAUUCUACUGUGUCUGUUUCACGAUCCAUGUUACACAAUUUGAGUGUUACAUGAAGAAAUUCCAUAAAGUUACUUGAAAUAUUAAUGCAGACUUUUGUUUACCUUUGUAUUAACACUUUCAUAAUUGUUUAUAGUGUACUAUAUACAAAUCUAUUAAAUAGUAUCUAUUUUUUUACUAA